UUUUUAGUGGCUCCUGGUUUGUCUACAAAGUGCGAGAGACAUCACAAAUCCUACGAUCAACCGUCGCUACCAAUGUGCUAAAUCUAGAACAUACUCAAGCUCAGUAUAUUUAUUUAGACUCUCAUCAAGAAGAUAUUUUUAUCUACAAUAGUGACGAUCCAGUGAAAAAUAAGGGAACAAGUCUUUUGGGUAUUGUGACCAGGUGGUGGAAAUCAUUCAAUCAAUCAAUCGCGUACAGAUACUUAAAUGUCGCGAAGCAUGGAAGCAAGUAUACACGAACACGCGCUGUUCAUGAUCUAGGAGCUAUGAAGCAUCUCCAACCCUGGGUCUGUCAACAGAUAGCUCAAAUGAUGGAUUCAAGAACGGCGGUGGCUCUCGCGAGGAUCGCUGACUCGGACCUACGGCUUUUUCUCAAGCCGCCUCAUCAUUGGGUUGAUAAAAAACUGUACGAAGUAAUUGAUCAGUUGCACCAACUUCUUGUUGAUAUGGAUAAGCUUUGUCAAUCUAGUCAUUCGUGUUUGACGCAGUUUAUCAGCAAGAAAUUUUACAGUUUUCGGAAAAAUUUAGAGUUUGAUCACGAGUUGUCCAGCAUUGAUUUCACCGCAACACCCACGAUAAGUUGGGACGAGCAGUUACUGACCCAGUGUAUCGAAGCUAUUUAUCAUCACACGGCAAUCGAUCAUUUCAGCCGAGACCUUGCGAACGCGCGAGGACUGUCAGUUUUGAUGGAAGUCAAAAAGAAGUUCAAUGACAAUGUAGACGUGUGUGUUUUGCUGGCUAAAAUAAUAUCCAAUUUGUCAUUGUAUACCGAGCUGGUGGAUGAUAUCUUUCGCUCAGGCUGGAUCGGAGUUCUUGCUGCCUGGUCACGACACAAAGACAUCAGACUCGCUGGACCCGCUGCGAGAGCUUUGUUUAAUAUGGACGUCGAUGCUAAUAAUGGAGAAAAAUUCCCCAGAAGAAUUUAUCUGCUGCAUCCGAUGAAUAGAACCAGGUCCAAGGCCAACGUUGAUGUUAUUUUUAUUCAUGGACUACUUGGUGGAAUUUUUAUUUCUUGGAGACAGCGAGAUCCUGAUUUGACACUUAAAUCCGUAGAUUCUAUGAAAAAUGAUAAUGAAGAUUCAUUGAUCAAUAUAGUUAAAGAAUACCCUCAGGAAUUUUUUGAAGACUUAGCUCGUGAUUUACAAGUUAGAGAUUGGAAAAAAACAGGUCAUGAUUAUGAAGUGAUAUUAGAUGAUUGUCCAGUUUCAAUGAAUUCACUUGCAGCUGGGCCAUUUACUUGCCCUGGUAAUGAAAUUUGUACUGAAUACCAAGGAAUUGAUUUAACAAGAACAGAGUGUUGGCCAAAAGACUGGUUACCUAAAGACGUGCCAUCAAUCCGCGUAAUUGGAAUUAAUUACGAUACCAGUUUAUCUUUAUGGAGUCUUCCAUGUCCAAUAGAAGUUCUAAAAAGUACGAUAAGUGAAAGAAGUCUAGAGUUUACCAAGAAACUAGUCACUGCUGGCGUGGGAAAACGUCCCAUUAUUUGGGUCUGUCAUUCAAUGGGAGGUUUAUUGGUGAAGCAAAUGCUCGUUGAAGAAUCAAAGACCGGCGAUAAGCAUCACCUCUGUGAUAAUACCAAAGGAAUUAUUUUUUAUAGCACUCCUCACCGUGGAUCUCACGUUGCGGCGCUUAAACAGACUACGCAGAUGCUUCUGUGGCCUUCCAUUGAAGUUCAAGAGCUAAGAGAAGAAUCUCCACAGCUUCUGAAACUUCACCAGGAAUUUAAAACAAUGCUUGAUAAGUACAAAAUGGAGAUAGUGAGCUUCAGUGAAACAAAACCGACGUUUGUAAGUGCGAUGAAAGUACCUCUGCAAAUUCAAUUUGUUUUGCCGAAAUCAGCAGACCCAGAAGUAGGCGAAUUUUAUGAAAUACCUCAGGAUCAUUUGUCGAUAUGCAAACCAGCAAGCAAACACUCGUUUUUGUAUCGCAAAGUUGUUGAUCUUUUAAAAAAAAAUCUUACCAAAAAUAAUUAA